UCUCGGCCUCCCAAAGUGCUGGGAUUACAGGCUUGAGCCACCGCGCCCGGCCUUGUGUGUUUUCAUGAUGGCCAAUAUUGUCCUUUUGCUUCUAGAUGUAGGGAUCCCUUAAGCAUUUCUUGUAGGGCCAGUCUACUGAUGAAGCGUUCCCUAAGCCUUUGCUUCUCUGGGAAAGACUAUUUCUCCUUUUUAUGAAGGAUAAUUUUGCUGAGUAUAGUAUCCUUGGCUGGCAGGGUUUUUUUUUUUCUUUCAGCACAUUGAAUAUAUCAUACCAUUCUCUGUUGGCCUGUAAGGUUUCUAUUGAUAAAUUUCCUGUUUUAUGGAGCACCCUGUGUAAGUGACCAUUUGCUUUUCUCUUGCUUUUUUUUUUUAGAAUUCUCUUUCUUUUGACUUUUGACAGUUUGACUAUAAUGUGCCAAGGAGAAGACAUUUUUGGAUUGUCUCUCUUUGAGAAUCUAUGAACUUCCUGUAUCUAGGGACAGUUGACAUUCAGGGACGUGGCCAUCGAAUUCUCUCAAGAGGAGUGGAAAUGCCUGAAUUCUACACAGAGGACUUUAUACAGGGACGUGAUGUUGGAGAACUACAGGAACCUGGUCUCCCUGGAUCUCUCUCGUAACUGUAUGAUCAAGGAAUUAGCACCGCAAUGGGAAGGUAACAGAGAAGAAGUAUUACACACAGUGACAUUGGAACAACAUGAAAAACAUGACAUUGAAGAGUUUUGCUUCAGGGAAGUGAAGAAAAAAAUACAUGACUUUGACUCUCAGUGGAGAGAUAAUGAAAGAAAUUACGACAAAGCGACUAUGGCCCCAAAAGAAAAUCUUACUUGUAGAAGAGACCAACAUGAUAGAAGUGGUAUAGAAAACAAGUCUAUUAAAAAUCAGCUUGGAUUAAGCUUUCUACCACAUCUCCCUGAACUGCAGCAAUUUCAAGCUGAAGGGAAAAUUUAUGAAUGUAACCAUGUUGAGAAGUCUGUCAACCAUGGUUCCUCAGCUUCAGCACCCCAAAUAAUUUCUUCUACCAUCAAAACCCAUAUUUCUAAUAAAUAUGGGACUGAUUUCGUCUGUUCUUCAUUACUCACACAAGAACAGAAAUCAUGCAUUAGGGAAAAACCUUACAGAUACAAUGAGUGCGACAAAGCCUUGAAUCAUGGCUCCCACAUGACUGUACGUCAGGUAAGUCAUUCUGGAGAGAAACGAUAUAAAUGUGAUCUAUGUGGCAAGGUCUUUAGUCAAAAAUCAAACCUUGUGCGUCAUCGGAGAGUUCACACUGGAGAGAAACCAUACAAAUGUAAUGAAUGUGACAAAGGUUUCAGUCGCAACUCAUGCCUUGCCCUGCAUCGGAGAGUUCAUACUGGAGAGAAACCUUACAAAUGUUAUGAAUGUGAGAAGGUCUUCAGUCGCAAUUCAUGCCUUGCACUACAUCAGAAAAUUCACAUUGGAGAGAAACCUUACAAGUGUAAUGAGUGUGGCAAAGCCUUUAGUGUGAGGUCAACACUUAGCAACCAUCAGGUAAUUCAUAGUGGCGAGAAACCUUACAAAUGCAAUGAAUGUGGCAAGGUGUUCAGUCAGACUUCAAGCCUUGCAACUCAUCAGAGAAUUCACACUGGGGAGAAACCAUACAAGUGUAAUGAAUGUGGUAAAGUCUUCAGUCAAACUUCAAGCCUUGCAAGGCAUUGGAGAAUUCAUACUGGAGAGAAACCUUACAAAUGCAAUGAAUGUGGUAAGGUUUUCAGUUAUAAUUCACACCUUGCGAGUCAUCAGAGAGUUCAUACUGGAGAGAAACCUUACAAGUGUAAUGAGUGUGGCAAAGCCUUUAGUGUGCAUUCGAACUUAACUACCCAUCAGGUCAUCCAUACUGGAGAGAAACCUUACAAAUGUAAUGAGUGUGGCAAAGCCUUCAGUGUGCAUUCAAGCCUAACUACCCAUCAGGUCAUCCAUACUGGAGAAAAACCUUACAAAUGUAAUGAGUGUGGCAGAUCCUUUAGUGUGCGCCCAAACCUCACUAGACAUCAGAUAAUCCAUACUGGAAAGAAACCUUACAAAUGUAGUGAUUGUGGGAAGUCCUUUAGUGUGCGCCCAAACCUCUUUAGACAUCAAAUUAUCCAUACUAAAGAGAAACCUUAUAAAAGAAAUUAGUAUGGCAAGGUCUUCAGUCAAAGUUUAAAUCUUGUGAGUCAUCAAAGAAUUUAUACCAGAGAGAAACCAUACCAAUAUAAUAAAUGUGGCAAGGUUUUCAGUCACAAUUAAUUCUUACACAGCAUCAGAGAAUUUCAUUCUCGAGGGAAUCCUUUCAAGUAUGGCAAACCCUUCAUCACGAGUUCAAGCAUUCAUUGACGUCAGAGUCCAUGCUAAAGAGAAAUCAUAUAAACCUAAGUAUGUGGCAGAGGCUUCAUUUAGGUCUCAACUCACUGGAUAUCAAAAUGUAUAUACAUCUUUGUAUAUUUUGUGCAUGUUGAAGCUAUUAACCAAGGAUCAAAACUGUAAAACAUCCAAGGAUUUAUGUGAGGAAUAAUUCAGUCUAGUGCUGAUAAACUUUUCAUAUACGUUGUAGAACAACUGCAAGUUCAAAUGUGUUAAAACUCAUACACAACAUGAUAUGUAUUAAAGGCUGCAGGAUGUUUGAAGUCA